AUGGCCGAAUCAAACACAGAAAACAUAGAUGAAAAUAUUGAAGAGAAAUUAAAAAAUCUAAAACCAACUUUACAAUGUACAAUGUUUACUGAUUAUCACAAUGAAGAAUUACUAUACCCCAAUGAAAAGUUAGAAAUACUGAAGAGAAACUUAGAAAUCGUGAGAUCAAGGAAGGAUAAUAAAUCUAAAAGAAACAUCUCCCCUUUAAGACGACCUAUGGACAAUACACCUUUGCAUGAAGUAUACAGGAAUAUUAAUAAUAAAGACUCGUUUUCCAUUUUAGCCUCGAAUUUAGAAAAAGAAAACAACGUUAAAAGUAAAAUAUCAACUGAAAAUCAGAAAAUAAAGUCGGCAGAAAAUGAUAUAAAAUCUGUUUGUAAUGAUAACACUAAUAUUCAAAAAUUCAAUAAACUGUUAAAUAUUGAGAAAACUAAUCAAAUAAACUCCCGAGAAAUUAAUAAGAAAGUUAAAAAGUCUUCGAAUGUUACACAAGAUGUUGUAAAAAAAAUAAAAAUUGUUUCAAAUAAAAAUUCACCGCAAUCACUGAAAAAGAAAACUAAUCAACCUAAUAAAAUUGUGUCUGUAGAUAAAACCAAAUAA